CGCGCCCCCUUGUGGUCUUGGCAGUAAAUCUCGGUGGCCUUUUCCCUAGUGGCACAGGAUGCCCACGACCCAGGAGACCGACGGCUUCCAGGUCAAGCGCCCUGGCGACGUCAAUGUGAAAUGCACCCUACUGCUCAUGCUGGAUCACCAGCCUCCGCAGUAUAAACUGGACCCUCGCCUGGCUCGCCUGCUGGGCGUCCACACCCAGACCCGGGCCAGCAUCAUGCAGGCCCUGUGGCUCUACAUCAAACACAACAAGCUGCAGGACAGUCACGAGAAGGAGUACAUCAACUGCAACCGCUACUUCCGCCAGAUCUUUAGCUGCAUUCGCAUGCGAUUCUCCGAGAUCCCCAUGAAGCUGGCAGGCCUGCUGCAGCAUCCGGAUCCCAUCAUCAUCAACCACAUGAUCAGCGUGGAUCCCAACGACCAGAAGAAGACGGCCUGCUACGACAUUGAUGUCGAGGUGGAUGACCCCUUGAAAGCUCAGAUGAGCAACUUCCUGGCCUCCACCACCAACCAGCAGGAAAUCGCCUCCCUGGAUACCAAGAUCCACGAGACCAUUGAGUCCAUCAACCAGCUGAAGACGCAGCGAGAUUUCAUGCUGAGCUUCAGCAACAACCCGCAGGACUUCAUUCAGGAAUGGAUCAAAUCCCAGAGGAGGGACCUCAAGAUCAUAACAGAUGUGAUUGGGAACCCCGAGGAGGAGAGACGAGCCGACUUCUACCAUCAGCCUUGGGCGCAGGAGGCUGCGGGGAGGCACAUCUUUGCCAAGGUUCAGCAGCGCAGACAGGAACUGGAACAAGUGCUUGGGAUUCGCCUCACCUAAUGGGCUGGGCACGGCUCCGGGGCUCGGCGCUCUCCUUGAGUGCCUGAGCCUGACGGUACAUCUGACUGGAAUGAAAUACAGCACUUGCACAAAGCUCUGAGCCUCUAGUGUCCCCAGGGGCUCCCAGCCCUGCGGCUUCUCUGAAUCGGCGCUCGCCGAAGGCACGGGGUGCAGCCUCUGCCUUUUCCCGGCCCCUUUACUGCAUUACUGGCCUAGCUUGCUGCCUUCGCGCCUCUCCCCGUAGUGUUCAUUGCAGGCUCGGUGCUCCUCCCCUGGGAACCAGAGCUUCCCCCUCCCCUGGGAACCAAAGCUUCCCCCUCCUCCCCUGCCUGGGCCAGAGCCUUGCUGGAGUCGCUGACCAGAGGGUACGAGCUCUCCCUGAGCUGAAGCCAAGGGGCCUCCUAGGCACUUCUCCAUCCUGAGCGAUGUGGCCAGAACGUCACAACAGCCCCACGGGCUCCUGAGCUUCAGCACGGGGAGGGCCAAGGGCUUUGCCUGCUUCCCGCUGAGCCCGUGCCAGCCUCUCCCCUGCGUGCGGAGGGCAGGCAGCUGCUGGCACUUUUGAAACCAAAGCUUUGUCCAUUCCAAAGGCCGGCCGAGCUGGCGUUGUGUUUUGCACUAUGUUUGUGAGCAGGGUUUAUAAAACGAAGCCUUUUGUACAGUGGGUUUGUAUUUGAUUAAUAGACGAGGUUUCCCCCUAGUCCUGCGCUCACCCCUAAACCUAUGCAAUGGGUUCACUUAGUCUGAGUCUCUGACAAUCAGCUGAAUGUUCCAGCCUCCCUCCUCUCACAUCCAGCGGGUGGGGGGCUGCUGGGGCAGGGGCCGGAAG